GACGCCUGUUGGGUAGCUGGAUGCAGAUGCCGCCCUAGGUAGGAUGCUGCUGUGGCUGCUGCUCAACCGUCAGAAUAUAGUUUGACAUACUCUUGGAGAUCCCGUGACGUCCCAGAGGUUGCCUUCUAUCGUCGUGAUGCCAACCUCGAGCCCUCCUCCUCACCACCGCCGCUCUCCAAUUUUCCUCUGCAGCCCCGCCCCUCGCGCAACCUUCCAGGAGCGCCGCAAUUGAUCGUCUACCGUCGCUUUCCACCACGCCAGAUGCUGCUGUCACGACAAGUCUCUGACAGCACAUCUCCCUCGCCCUUUCAUGCAAACCACUGCCGCACCCAAGCCGUCCGCGAAUGCUACUGCUCCGCUCCAAAAGCCCAUUCGCUUCGUAACCAAUUCCGACGGCCCCUAUGCGAAGCGAAGGAGAAUCAACUCGGCCUGCUUGACCUGCCGGAGGAAGAAGACACGCUGCUCGGGCGAGCGUCCAGUCUGUGGGACAUGCAAACAGAAUAAACACGAGUGCGCGGGAUACGGCGCCGACGCCGAUGCUACGACCAGCAACGACACCACCAACAAGGAUGCAAAGGACACGAAAAAGCAAGGGCUGCGCCAACGUAAACCUUCGGCAGACACAUCUCUUCCUAGCAAUGGCCGUCCGAAGCAGGAAGAGCCCCUUCCAUCGCCAGUGCCGUCCCGUCAACCGCUUCGUCAUGCGGCCCUUCACGCGUCGCCGGAUCAAGACUCGUCCAGCACAGCGAAGGUGCCCAGCGCCACAAAUGAUGCGUCCUUGUCCCUGAGCACUCGCAACCGGAUGCCCUUCUUUCGGUAUUUUGGGCCCACCGCCAUCAUGCCGGGCUUCAAGCAAAUGGUGGUCAAGGUGCGCGGCAAGGCGCACUCGACGAGCCAUACUUCUUCAGAUGCUCUCGAGUCCUCGCCAGGUCACGCUGCAUCCGCUGCAUCACCCACUACCCCUGGCUUUCGCACGCCCGUCGAACUCCCAGUCUACGACACUUCCACCACAGCUCCACCCCCCUUGAUUACACAUCUCUGCAAGCUCUUCAUGGUCCACUUUGGCUGCACCUUUCCGUUCCUGCAGCCCGAGCGUUUUCUGCGUGACCUCGAGGAGAAGCAGGUGGACGCUAUCCUCGUGGAUGCUGUUUGCGCACUAGCCGCACGCUUCUCCACGCACCCGCUGUUGACUGGCUCGGCAGAAGCGAAGAAGGACGGAGAGAGCUCGAGGAUACAACCUCACGAGUAUGGCCAGGCCUUUGCUCAAAGGGCCAAGUCAGCCAUUCCAGAUGCUUUCCACUGCCCCAGCGUGGCCGUUGUGCAGGCUGCGCUUCUGCUCGCGUAUGACGAGUUUGGUGCCAACCGGGAUAGUGGACUAUGGAUGUAUUUGGGCAUUGCCAUUCGAAUGGCCCAGGAUCUGGGUAUGCAGACGCUCGAAGGGCUCAAGUACGAGGGACGCGGCGGGCCCACCCCCGAAUCCGUGAAGACGGAUCCUAACGCAGGGUUGAACAACGGUUCGCCCACCUCCGGGCCGCCACGAAGGACUGCUAGCACGUCUGAAGAAGCAGAACAACGAGCAGUCGAACGAGAAAGAUUGGAUACUUUCUGGUCAAUAUUUUUCUUGGACCGUGUCAUCUCUUCGGGAACCGGACGGCCCGUGACCCUCCGCGACAGGGACAUUGAGAUCUCUUUUCCUUCGUUGGACGAGGUCGACCCGACCUCUGGUUGGCCACUACCUUUCCCUGCACUAAUUCGAAUCAUACACUUAUAUGGCCGAGUUACGGAUCUGCUAAAUCGCAUCAAAGAAAAGGCACACAUAACGGAAGCGCUUCGCAAGCAGCUGGACACUCUGGAAUUCCAUCUAACAGAAAUCUAUCAGGGGCUCUCACCUAAGCUUCACUUCAACGCAGUCAACUUCCAACACUAUGUCAAGAUCAGACAAGGCACCAAUUUUCUCCUCCUGCAUUGUUGGUUUCACACCCUCAUUGUGCUUCUACACCAGCCGACGUUGCUCAAGACUUUCGAAGGCAGUGCACAUCACCUUUCGAAUAAUAGUCGAGAGCUUUCAAUGUCCUCGGCAAAGACGGUGGCCGAUAUCUUGGCUUUCACAGAUCUCAUCGAUGCAAAAACUGGUGUGGGUAAUCCUUUCACGAGCCAACCCAUCUACAUCGUAGCAUGUGCUUUCCUCAAAGAAACUGCCCUGCACACCACAUCCUCGCAGCCACAUUCACGUCCUUCAUCGCCUGGCUCGGCCCAGGAUGACCACCCUGUGAACGCCAACCAACCUUCAAUCGAUCACCUAGACUUCGAUAACCCACCCCGGCCCCCCAACGCCAUUCGAGCGGGCUGUGCAAAUGAUCAUGAUCAGAAGCAGGCGCACAAACACACCUUGCUCGCUUCGGCCGCAAACCAGAACUAUCAGCGAUGCUACAGAGCUCUGAAGUCACUAGAGACAUAUUGGGCCGGAGUCAAGUAUAUCCUCACAGUCUUGGACCAGAAAGCCAAGGGCGUGGGCGAUCCGCUUUUGUACACUGCCGAAGAGGUGGAGAAUGCUCUAGAGCAGCCGAGACCGGAACCUUCUUUCACGAGCCCCGGCUGGCGGCGAAAGCUCAGCUGGGGCGCCUAUCUGACUUCUGAGGGCAUGGGUGCUGAGAACGCGGCGAAGGUCACCGCCGCUAUUCGUGCGCGUACGCCCACAAUUGCUGGAACACCACUGCCUACGACAGGUCAAGCUAUCGGAUGGUCACUAACCGGCACGAUGAACUCUCCAUCGACCAAUGUCGCCGUUAUGUAUCCCCCAGAAGCCAGCAAUCAUCGCGAUAAGCCGGCCAAACAUAUGCUCCAACCGUCCAUCGCCUCUGUCCUAUCUGACUCUCCUACCAAUCCGCCUCAGUUCAGGGCGGAGAUUCUCACGCAGAGGCGCGCAUCCGCUCCGGUUCCUCCUCCGCAGCUCAUCGACUCUGCAGCCAUGCCACCCCCACCGGAAUCUCAGAUUCAUCCUCUUGCCGCGGACCCUUCGCUCAUCUCGGACGCCGACCUCCUCCUCAACCUCCAUUCGCCCCUGAACAAUGCAAACUCCUCCCACAUGCUGCAUCCGACACCAAGAAAUCCGCCACUGUCACUACCUCCUUCCACCUUCCCGAACACCCCCAGCUCCUUAGCAAUUGCACCUCCUCACACCAUCCCUCCUUCUCUGGAACUGUCGCCGUCCUCCCUCUUCGGCGCCUACCCAACCGCCUCGGGCUCGGAAGCCUUCGGCGAUAUGGUGAUUGACUCGCAAGACGUCGACAUGUCCGCUCUAGGUGCGGACAUGAUGCCGUGGGACUUGGAAUACCUACCGCACGAUUUUAUAUUUUAUGGCGAGGGCUCGUUUGGGGCAGUGGAAGAGGAACCCCGUGAUGGUAGCGCGGAUGGAGAUACGGGGCCCGGGGCGGAACAAGGGUGAUGCAGAAGAUGCGUGGACAUGAUGCGUCUUUGUACAGGAGAUUAAGGUGAUUGGUGAGGUUCUGGUCUGGUUUUUGUUUUACCGUGAUAUCCCUUUGUGCAGUUUUGGGUUGAAAAUUCCAAUGGGCUUACAGUACAGCGUUGUCAAGGACCAGGAAUGGACGUGUUGUAAUACAUUAUACGCACGAUCUACCUUUUUACGAGUUUCGUUCGAACGGAGAUGCAUUCGAAGAUAGGAUGCUAACCCAUUGCUAUCCUGGCGCUUGCGUUCUCAUUCAGCUGCACGCACAGUUAUCAUUUACAAGAAAGAGGAGGGUACAGUUCCUUGGGUCAGAGACGUCCCCUGACAUACUCGAAAUGAGAUACCGCCAUCAUCAG